CCCGGACACAAGGCAGUACCGCGCACGGUCUCAUCGAGAGAAGGUGUACUCUUUCGAUUUAUUCCCAAGUGUCUCGUGUUUCCGAUUUCAAUGGCAACUAAAUACGGAGAAAUUUGAUCAACCCUUUUCAUUCGUUUGCCCAGUGAAUCGGGGCUCGUGUGUUAAGGGAAAUAAUUGCCCUGAGCAGAUGAAUAAAGUCCGUUGGUGGCAGUUUUACCUUGGAUACUGAAGUGCUAUCGAUCGUGUUGUAUAUCUGUGUACCUCGGAUUUUAAUUCAAUUGUAUUUACAUUUGGCGUUUGUCGAGUGCUUUUGUUUAUUAUGAUCAAUCAUCUGUGAUAUCUGGAGAGUUACUGAUCACCGGUGACAUCAUGAUUGGCAUUAAAAUGCUGCCGCAGACACCUGAAAUUAUCUCUACAUCUCUGAACCAGAAAUGCGUAAAGGCACGCGCCCUUUACGACAACAUAGCGGAGGCACCCGACGAACUGGCAUUUCGGAAGGGUGACGUUCUGACGGUUUUAGAGCAAAAUACCUCGGGUCUGGAGGGAUGGUGGCUGUGCGCCCUCAGGGGUAGGCAGGGAAUAUGUCCAGGAAAUCGACUGCGUCUGCUAGUAGGUCAGUACGACAGUGGUAUUGGUGGUAGUAGAGCUGAUCUCACCCUCUCCGAGGAUGGAAUCCAGCGUCAUGGAAAAAGACGCAGUUGGCAUGUUCAGUCGAACAGGGUGGUGACACCGCAAAAAUGUGGGGAUGUCUAUCUGUACGAUCUGCCAGCAAAUCGGAGCAGUCCAGCCCCAUCCUCACAUCGAGACUCACCACUGAAUUCGAUGGAUCAAAUUCACGGAGGUCGAUUCUCUGGUGGUCACCAGAGCUCGAUAGACUCCGGUGGUGACGUGAGUGAUUGCUACGACGUGCCGCCCCGUGCAACCCCAGUGAUUCCAUCUCCAGCGAGUAGUCCCAGCCCAGCUCCCUCAUGCUACGACAUCCCCAGGCCGCCCACCUCCUGCACACCAAAUUCCAAUUGCUCGGGUGGUUCAGGGGUCACUCCCCUCGACUGUUACGAUGUUCCUCGGCCCCUGCAGCCCCUCACCCCCAGCAGCUCCGCAUCGAGUCUCACAAAUGAUGGAUCUCUGAGUGGAUCCAAUAGAUCCAGCAUCACAGCACCCGAUUACGAUAUCCCAAGGCCUCGUCUUCCGUCAUCCUCGAGGUACAACAGCCUCCAAAAAAUAUCUACAACUCCACCCCCGAGUCAGAUCCAGCAGAAUCAACAGAUUUAUGAUGUUCCUGUGAACAAGGAAAUCAGCAAAGAACUUCCGCUGGAGCUUGACUCAGCUCUCGAGGGCCUUCAGAAACUCCAGAGUGAAGCGUCAGCUGCCGUUGCACGUCUCCUGGGAUUCGUCAGUCCCGGAUGGAGGACCCCACAGCGUCUCGAUGCUACAUUGAUGGAUUUAAGACUGGCAGCCCUGAGAUUACGAACUUCUCUGCAUGAUUUAGCUGAAUUCGCUGAGGGCACACUUGGAAAUGCAAGUAAGGCACCUGACAAGGGGCUUGCCAAGAAAUUUAGGCCGCUGGUUAAGGCCCUCAGGGACUCGGAUAAACUGGUCCAGGAGGCUGCGACCGAGUUGGAUCAGAUGGAGUGGGACGCCGGGAGGCUUGCAAGGGGGGGUGGCGAGACUCCAACGCCCACUAAUGGCACUCCACCGAGCAUUGGGCAAGCACUACAACCUGAUCCACUGGAUCAACUCAUCGCGUGCGCUAGGGCACUUACCGAGGAUGUUCGACAAAUUGCCAGUUUUAUUCAGGGAAAUUCAACACUGUUAUUCAAAAGGUCGUCAAUCAUCUCCAGCAGUGCGAGCAUAAAUGCAGAGGACUAUGACUACGUGAAUUUAGAUUCACGGGAGACUGUGGCGAAGCAGAGGGAGGACAUAAGGGCGGACCUACCUUCCGACGAGUUGAGGAAGACUUAUGAUCUGCUCGUGGCGGAGGCUGAUAACGCCGCUAUUCACACAACUACAACCCCAACUCCAAUGGAUCCUAAUGAUAAGCAAUUGUUGGCAUUCUAUGUGGCACAAGUGAUAACACAUGGGGCACAUCUGACACACGCUAUUGAGGCGUUUCUACAGACUGUGCAGCAUAAUCAACCUCCCAAGGUUUUCUUGGCACACGGCAAAUUUGUAGUCCUGAGUGCGCACCGUCUGGUGCACAUUGGGGACACAGUUCACCGAAAUGUCACGAGCAAUGAAAUACGAACGAGAGUCCUUCAAUGUGCAAAUGCCCUGAGUGAAGCACUGGCACAGACAGUAUCAAAGACAAAACAAGCAGCCCAGUUCUUCCCAAGUGUCGUAGCUGUGCAAGAGAUGGUGGACAGUGUUGUUGAUGUCUCCCUGUUAUCUAAGGAACUCAAAGUUGCCAUGAUCCAUGCUGCCCAGCAACCUUAAAUUCCAAACAUGUGCCACCAUGGAUAAAAUAAAAUUUUACCUCAAAAGAAUUGCAAAAUGAACUUUAAAUAGUUCGAGAAUAAUUAUUAGACAUUAUACAGCGUUAAAGUACUGCCAAAGUGUAAUUUGCGGAUAGAUAAAAUGAUAAAAUGGGUACGAUGAAUUCAAGUAUAUGAAGAAGAGUGGUAAAAGGAGAUGGCUCCACCAAUUAUCGAUUGGAUGACAUUUCAACAGUAUCAAUUCUUGAAUUCUAUACGUCAGAGCUCUUGGUCCAAAACCGAUAAUUGAUAUCAGAAAAUAAGAAAAAGACGAAUGAGUUCCGAAUUGAUCUUCUUUUACCACUUUAUUACUCGAAUACGUUCUGUGGAAGGACGUUCGUAUGGUACUGGCCUUUAAUUGGUAGCAAAAAAAACACGUAGAUCCUUUUUGGAAGUCGUUGUCAUUUUUGACGUGUUUUAGAUUCGCAAUAAAUCUAACAGAGAAUCGAAGAAGUGUGAAGACAUAGUGAUGAAUUAGCUAGACCUAGGGACAUAAUAAUAAUUGUUUUCAUGUAUCGAAGGAACCAAAAAAGAGAAUUCACCAUCGAGUUUUUUGAGUGAAAGAGAAUCAAUUUUUUAUACAAAAACUUUUGUCUGGCAGCUGUGAGUCCACCAUUGGAUUUUUGAAUACUUAUCGAUGUUUUAUUAAAAUUGAAUUGAAGUCACAACGACACUAAACUGCAGAGUGAUGCAGAGAACUGAUUUUAUAAAGUGAAAAGUUAAAGACCAGGGAAUAUACAUGUAUGCAGUUUUGUGAAUUGUUUAUAAUUUAUUUGCGAUAAAGUUUUGUAAAAAAUGUAUUAGUUUUUUAAUACGAGUCGUGUAUUGUGAUGUUUUUAGGUAAUAGGCCAAUUUGCGUAGCACUGCGGCUCAUAUCGAGACGAAAAAUUGAAGAAAAUAUUGAAACAGAAGGAGAAUAAAACACUUAAUUGAUUUUAGAUGUAAAAGUAUUAUACAAUGUACAUAAAUAUGAAUAUUUAUAUAACUCCUGUCCUAUGAGUGUUGUUCACGAGUAGAGAACGAAAAUAUGAGAGUAAUACUGUAUCCGAAAAUUGUGCAAUGAGAUAGUUAUCGACAGAAUUCAAGUGGCAGCAGUAAUCUACUUAUCAGCGCCAAAAAACCAAUUGCGGAAAUUUUAAAUUUCCGGUGGUUUUUAUUUUUGUGGCGUGCCACCCCUUGUAUUUAUAAAUCCCCCAAGAAUUCAAUAAAGAAUCAAAGUCAAAUAACAAUGAA